UUGGGCGUUUUGCCUGGCGCGCGGCGCUCAGUUGCUUCCAGUUACUGCGCGUGGCCGAAACGGAAUCAGCCCCAAAAUGAGCUGCGGCACAAAGACCCUGAAGAUAUCCUCCUUCGUGUUGGACUUUAUUUGCUGUGUGCUGGCGGCCCUGACCAUUGCAGCAUGCGCCUACGCCUUGAUUGCCUUCAGCCACAGCAUGGCCAUUCGUGUGCCCUGCAUUGUGGCCAUAGUCCUCGGGUCUCUGCUCUUCGGCAGCACCAUCUUCGGCUGUGUGGCGGCACUUAAGGAGAGCAUUCGUCUCACGUGGAUUUACGCGGCGAUUCUGAUGGCUCUGGUAUUCGGACAGAUCACCGUUAUAUUCGCGCAGCCCAUUAACUUUGAGCUGCUGGCUAAUGAGACCAUCCACAGUGCCUGGCAGGGCGAGCUGUAUCGCCAGGGCGGCAUGUCCUAUUAUGAAAUUAAGUACCACUGCUGCGGCAUGAGUGGACCCUCGAACUAUCCGGACAGCGGACAGCGCAUACCGCAGAGCUGCUACUUCAACCAGAACACAACCGUCACCACAGAUCUCUACACCGUGGGCUGCGAUCGACAGCUGGCUGCGGCCUUUGCCAAGGGCACUCGCUGGGAGCGCAUCGGCGAUUGGUCAGUUGUCGGUGUGGAGAUGCUUACCGUAAUCGUGGCUGGUCUGCUGGCCAUAACCUUACAGAAUGCCGAGCGUCGACGUCCAUAUCGUUAGAUGCUCAGCCUGAAGCCAUCUGUAAACAGUAUUAGCAGCUGUACAAAUAUGUUUAGUUAAUAUGUUUAGUGCCAAAAACGUUUAAAAGAUUCGAAAUUGUAACUUUAUAUUUUAAUUGA